CACGAGGAGGCAGUAAUAUUUUUAAUACGUGUUGACGUCAGCUGCAGUACAGCGUGCGACCGUGUGACAGCAGGAAUGUAAACACUACUUUCCUCAUUCAUAUACUGCGGAUUGGUUUGCAGAUCUGUCUGGGAGAAUCUCAUGUUGCUGCAGCCAACAUGGCAUCAACUUCCAGCUUUGCUCCUCCAAAACUGGCAGACUUUAUCCUCACAGAGCGGCUGGGCAGUGGGACAUAUGCCACAGUUUACAAAGCCUACAGAAAGGGGAACAGUCGGGAGGUGGUUGCAGUAAAAGUAGUUGGGAAGAAGACUCUUAACAAGGCUUCUACAGAAAAUCUGCUCACAGAGAUUGAAAUCCUUAAGACUGUACGUCAUCCUCAUAUAGUACAGCUGAAAGACUUCCAGUGGGAUGCUGAGAAUAUUUACCUGAUCCUUGAAUGGUGUUCUGGUGGAGACCUCUCCCGCUUCAUUCGCAGUCGCAGGAUUUUACCUGAGAGUGUGGCUCGGCGCUUCCUGCAGCAGAUAGCUUGUGCCCUCCAGUUUCUUCAUGAGCGGAAUAUUUCACACCUGGACUUGAAACCCCAGAAUAUUCUGCUCAGCGGCUCUAUCCUCAAACUAGCAGAUUUUGGUUUUGCACAAUACAUGUCACCAUGGGACGAGCAGAGUGUCCUGAGAGGUUCUCCUCUCUACAUGGCUCCUGAGAUGGUGUGUCGACGGCAGUAUGACCCCAGGGUGGAUCUCUGGUCUGUAGGAGUCAUUCUCUAUGAGGCAUUGUUUGGCAGAGCACCAUUUGCAUCAAAGUCCUAUGCUGAAUUAGAGGAGAAGAUCCGGAGUAGCCAACCAAUUGAACUCCCUCCCGGGGCCAGGGUGUCCAAGGGCUGCAGAGACCUUCUGUUGCGGCUGCUGGAGAGAAAUCCAGAUGCCCGGAUCACCUUUGCAGAGUUCUUCACCCACCCUUUUGUGGAUUUGGAGCACAUGCCAAGCGCAGAAAGUAUAGUGAAAGCGAAAGAGCUGGUCCUACAGGCUGUUCAGAAGGACCAGGAGGGGGAGAGGUCCGCGGCACUCUCUCUUUACUGCAGUGCUCUUGAGCACUUUGUCCCUGCUAUUUACUAUGAAACAGACCAACAACGUAAAGAUGCCCUCAGGCAAAAGGUCAGGCAGUACGUGUCCAGAGCCGAGGAGCUCAAAGCCCUGGUAGCUUCGGACAACAGACUGAGCUUCGAGCAGGCCCGGACCUCCAGGGACGUCCUCCGAGAAAUGUCUCAAGACCAGCCACGACUGCUAGCUGCUUUGGAGAUGGCCUCUGCUGCUGCUGCUAAGGAGGAGAGUGGAUCAGAUGACCUUGAGGCUCUGGAUAUGUACCAGCAGUGCUUAGGAGAACUACUGCUGGCACUAGCAGCCGAGCCCCAGGGCCGCAGGAGAGAGCUGCUCCACAGCGAGAUUCAAAGCCUGAUGAGCAGAGCUGAAUACCUCAAAAAGCAUAUUAAGAUGCAGGAGACUCAGAGGGAUGUUUCUCUGGAGCGAGAAUCUCUCGCAGAUUCCAUCAGAACUUCCUGCUGUUUGCAGUAAACAGGACAGCCACCGUGGGAGGACUGCAGCUCCUCGGCUGUCUGUCGGUGUACAGGUUGGACACAGAGCCUUCACCUGACCAGGCUUCUGCUGCAGCUAAAUCACACAAACUGAGUACACUGUCUGGGUGGGAUAUUGCAUUUGCCAGCCAAAUGUGGCCAGUGUUUUGGCUGAUGCUGUAAAGUUUUUGUACCAAAUUAUUGGACAGGUAGUGAACUUAUGUUUAUUAUUUUUCAGGGAAACAACAAAAAAAAAAGUUUGGCUGGUAAAAACUCUUGAAUUUUGGAUUUGCACACUGCCGAAUGUGAAAGUUCCCUGUUCUUUGCACUGUUUUUGCCCUGCUUAGGCUGAAUCCCCUCCUCCUGACACACCAUUGAUAUGUAAAUGCUGGACAGCUUGUAUGACAAUACAGCACUGUCAUGGCAAAAUGCAACUGACACUGUUGCAUUUUGGCUGGGUGCAGAACAUUUUAAUGUAUUUCAAGUACAACUAAACCUGUGAAAAUAAAAUGAAAUCAGAGCUGUGACAUGAAGUAUGAAAAGCAUUUUGAACUGUAGUAUUAAAUAUUAUAUAGAGGCCUGUACAAACAUGUACGUACUCCUCUAGACCCCCCCCCACUUUUCCCCACUGCCUUUACUGUGGGUGAACCACAGGCUUACCAUGCUCUCUCCACUGACGGAGCCCUCUCCACCGCUAUGAGGGGAAAACUGGAGAGGUGCGGCCUCUGCCUUAUUUACACUAGACUUGCAUUUUCUUAGGUUUGGCACUGGUUUUGUAUUUGAGGGAUACACUGGAGUUCAAGCAAACCCUUCAUAACUGGGCCUCUGUGAAACAGUAAAAAACGUAAUAGUUGGUGGCAACCUGAUAAUCCUCGCUGUUGUAGGUCUUUACCAACCAUUUAUAUGUAAUUUAUUUGAAUAUUCCAAAAAGGAGCUUUAAUACAGUUAUAAAUAUUAAAAUUUAUUAUACUGUAUAAAUCAUUUCCUCGCUGCUGUAUCAUUUAAUUUUUAGUCCUUUAUACAAGUGUGAUUUUGUCAUGUAUUUAUUAAAGG